AUGUUAGAAAAGUUACCCACAGUGAUUAAUAAUUACACUUUUCUUGACAUAAUUGGAGCAGGAAGUUAUUCUGUAGUAUAUACCGUCAAAAGCCAUAAGUAUAAUCAAGUUUUCGCAGCAAAAGUAUCUUUAAUAGAUUCAUCUGUCGUUGCAGAGAAUGGUGAUAUUGUAGAUGCCGAGUUUAAUGCACUUACAGACCUUGACCACCCUAAUAUUAUUCGUGUUUUUGAUAAAUUCUUCUGCGAAGAUUAUUUCAUUAUUAUUUUAGAAUAUUUUCCUGGAGGUACGAUUCAAGACAUGGUAAAUGCUGGGAAAUCAUUUUCAGUACGUCAAAUCCAAAAUAUCGGACACGAUAUACUUGACGGCUUAUCGUUAUGCCACACAAGAGGUUUCGCUCAUCGAGACAUUAAGCCAUCCAAUAUAUUUGUAGAUGCAUACGGGCGUCCGAAAUUGGCAGACUUUAAUCUUUGUUCUUGGCUUAAACCUCAUCAAUUAGUUGACCAACCUUGUGGAACAUUAGCGUAUGUUGCUUUCGAAGUAUUAAAGGAGGAAGCAUACGAUCCAUUUAAAACCGAUAUUUUUGCCCUUGGCGUUACAUUUUAUCAGAUGACUUUUGGAAAACUUCCUUGGUCAGAUGAUGAAAUACGAUCUGGAAACAGAAAGGAUCCGGUAUUUGAUUCAAUUGUUGACCUUGCUCUAGUUUCCUUGAUAAAGAAAAUGCUGGAUAUUAAUCCACAAAACAGACCAUCGGCUUUAAUGCUCAGAGAUUCACAGUUUUUCGCUGAUGGUCAUACCCCAAUACCACUUGCUCAUUGCAUGAACCCACACGAAAAGAUUUUAUCUGUCGGUUCAAAAGGUUCAUUCAUUCCAUGUUUACAUAAGCCAGUUGCCUUGAAAUUAUCAUCUAAAAUACUUAUUCCAAGGGCUGGCCAGGUUGCUCGACAAAGAAGAGGAUCUAUUUCUGGAAAUUGUCGACUUCCAAAAUUAUAG